AUGCUGAUUUAUAGUCUAUGUUUGGCGAUCGCCAUCAUUUGGCUAUGUAUCCGUUUAUACAAAUUCCUAUCCAUAUCUGUAUUCAAUAUAGUUUCUACUUUGAAUAUUAAAACUCCACCAGCAACUAAGGUUUCCAUUGACAAGAUAUCUAUGAACUCCAUUACCAUUCAUUGGGAAAAUGAACCGUUGACGGAGAAUCCUAAAACAGAUUCUGAAUCUGAUACAGAAACUGAAUCUGAUUCCAUAUCUCAUUUUUUACUAUAUUUGAAUAAUUCUCAAAUUGCUGUCUUUCCCAAUAUCCCAGAUUCUCUAUACACAUGUUGUUCAAUUGCAAAUUUGGAGCCAGAAACUCAAUAUCAAUUAGAUUUCAUUACGAUGAAUAAGAUGGGAUUUGUUAACAAAUUGCCUUCUACAUUUUGUGUUACUAAGAGAGACAAGAAAGUGAAGAAGAAAACAAACAAUAUUAAUGAAACCAUUAUUCCUAGUUCAACUAAUGAACCAUUUGUUACUACCGAAUAUUUUACUAAUCUAAAAGAAUUUAACAAUGAUGUUAUCAAUGAUAAUUCAUCAGCUUCAGACUUUGAAAAACAAAAAAUAUCUCAAAAUGCUGACACUUUCAAGACUAGGAGGUGGAGAAGAAACACUUUGAACUCUUCAAUGGGUCUUACAAAUAAUAAUAAUAAUAAUAAUAUUAAUAAUAUUAAUAAUAUUAAUAAUGCAACAACCACAACAUCUCAACCGCCACAUCCAUUUAAAAUUCCAUCCCAUUCUUCAUCAGUUUCUCUCUCAAGGUUAGGUUCUAUGACAAAUCUAUCAUCCCUGAAUACUCCAUCUGUAACUAACAUAGCUGCUACCCUUCCAACAUAUACUUGUUUAACAACAAUACAAGAUUUAGAGUCAUAUUCCAUUGAUGAUUUAAAGAAAAUUUUAAUAUGUGCACAAGAAGAUUUACACGAAGUUUUAAUUCAACAAUCAUCGUUGCUGCAAGAUUUUAAAGAUUCUAAAUUGGAAUUGGAAUUAGAAUUAGAUAACUUAAAGAUUCAUUGGUCACAUGAAAUCGAUCUUCGAAAAUCUAUCAAAUCAAACAUUAAAUCAUUGGAAAAUUCAAAAGUGCUAUCUGAUUUAAAAUUUGAAAAAUUGACAAAAAAGAUAGCCAAAUUGAACGAGAAAAUAUUGAAGAUGCAAAAAGAUAUGAAUCUGUGGGCCCUUAGUGAACUUAAUGAAUUAAACACUAAUAAUUUGAAAUUGAAGUAUGAGAAAAUUAUCAUGGAUACUAAUGCCAAUAUAAAGUUGUUAGGUGAUCAAAUUUUAAUCCUUCAAAACCAAGUUUCAUCGCAAGAUGAGGAAAACAAAAAGCUUAACAUUUUAAAGAAAGAGUCAAUGGCUAACACAUUACCUGCUAUUAUAAAAACAUCAGGGGCCACUCCUAUAAACACAACACCAGCAGCUUCAACCAUGUCCCCUAACGUCCCCAUUACGGCAUCUGCACCAAUCGAUAAAGGACAAUUAACCUCCCUUUUGAAGAAAAUUACUGAUCAAACAAAUGAAAAGACAGGGCUUUUAAGUAACUACGGGGAAGAACUAGUUUCAAAAUUAAACGAAAACUCUCCAAUAGGUCAUCUAGUUAGGGAGCAAUUACAAAUGGAUCAAGAAUUUGAUUCCAAAUGGAAAUACAAGAGAUCAAGAUUAAUGAAGAGAAUUAAUUAUUUGGAAUCCGUCUUCAAUGAAAUUUCCGUUAAUAAUAGGAAUUUAAGAGCACAGUUGAUGGCUAAACCGUACCAUCCUGUGCAGGAGUCACCAAUAUUACAACAAGGGGAUAUGAAUAUGCCAAUGAAUAUGAAUUCUGAUCAACAAAUUAACUCAAAUGAUAAUUCUCCUGCCAACCAAAAUAUCCAAACCAAUAGCCCAUCAUUAAUGUUACAUAAUCCUUCCACUUACGAUAAUUCCUUUAAGCAACAAGGCAAUUAUUCCUCGAAUUUAAAUGCCACUACAGGCUCAUUAUUAUCAAAUCAAAUAAACAUUGAUUCUUCUAAGCAGCCUUCAUCUAAUGCCGAUAGACUACAGAAUAAUUUUACUCAUGCUGUUCCAACCACAGCAACAGUUACUGCCAAUGCUACAGUUGCCCCAACAUCUGUGGGCACAAAGACCACAUCAGAUUAUAGUCAGUGGGCAAUUUCACAACAUCAACCCUUGUCGCCAGAGCAGCAACAGCAGCAGCAACAAGUACAGGAAAUGGACCAUGGUUUUGAGUAUUAUAAUCCAAGCCACUUGAUCAGUGGGUUACAGGACAUGAUUCAGGACGAAUCUGAAUACCCAGAUACUAUCAGUAACUACUCCAAAGGAUUUACAACUGAUCAAUUGGAUAAUUUUUGGGCUAACCAAAACACAGAACACCCAACUCUUUCAAGACAAAUUCCAUCCCAAUCUCAAUUUCAUAAUCCACUUCAAUCAAAUUAUAUGAACUCUAUAACAUCACCAUCGAGUGCUUCUUAUCAUAACAAUGAACUAAUGACCUCACCAUUAUCUCCACAACAAAAUAAUAAUACGACCAUGACGUCGUCUCAAAGUUUGCUAGCUGGUGCCCUAAGCGAAUCCAUGCAAAAACUCAAUACUAAUAAUGAUAUGUUAAGACAUUCAAAUUCUUUCUAUAAUGAAAGCAAUCUAAAUCCCCAUAAUAAAAGUGUCGCACCAGUGGACAAUACAAUCAAUUCAAUUUUAUCAGGAACAGAUGAUAUGGUUAUGGUGCCUUUCCCAAAUGCCAUAUCUCCUCAAAGUUCUAAUAUCAAAUCUCCCAACCUGAACAACCAUAUACUUUCAAACGGGUUGUCUAGUGAUAACACCAAUAUUAAUACUCCGCCACAAUCCCAUGAUGGGAUAUUCCACUCCCCUUCAUUCAAUUUUAUGUGGCAUUCAUCGCCUCCUGCAACUAACAGUACGUCAACGUCAACUUCAAGAGAUGUACCACACUCUGAUGUACAUUCUAAUUCAAACUCUGCUUCCACAGUUGGACCAAAUUCUACAACAACCAAUUCCCACCGUAGAAAUCAGAGUAAUACCAGCAAUACAAGUUGGGGUACUAAAUUUGGUUUGAAACAUCUAUCAACGCAUUCAUCGAAUUCCAAUGCAACUGCAGGUGUUACAUCAGCGGAAACUUCAACUUCGACUUCAGAGAAGCCAACGGAGGGAGGAGGAGAAGAUACCAAGAAUACGAAUAAUAGCAGCAAGAGCAGUACAAGAAAGAUGUCAAGAUUAUUAUCCAGAUCCAAAAUGAAUAACUUGUUCAAGUUGCCUAGUCAGCAUGAUUCUCAGUCGCAAUGA